AUGCAUCGCACCAACAUCACGUCCGGGUCGUCCUUUGAGAGCCAGAUUGGCUACUCACGCGCUGUGGUGGUCGACGACUGGAUCCUCGUCUCGGGAACCACGGGGUACGACUACUCCACAGGCGCCAUCUCCAGCUCAAUUGCUGAGCAGGCCGAGCAAACCCUCCAGAACAUCUCCCAGGCCCUCGCAGAGGCUGGCGCCAGCAUGGCCGACGUCGUCCGGGUGCAGUACGUUCUGCCGAACAAGGCCGACUUCCCCGCGACCUGGCCCGUGUUAAAGAAGUGGUUCGGUGAGGUUGGCCCUGCGGCGAUGAUGAUAGAGGCUGGACUCAUGAAGGGCGAGAUGAAGAUUGAGAUUGAGGUGACGGCCAGAAAAGGAGCAGGCAGGCAGCAAGAGUAG